GCCACACGUCACGGCGACCUUUCACCUCCGCUACUUUAGUGAUACAGCACGGAGAUAUCAUUCCAGACAGGCCAGCGGACAGAUUAAGUACAGAAACCUCUGUGUCAACAUCCACAAGUCACAAUGUCAGGUUUAAGGAAAGCAAAGAAGUAUGAUUGGAAGGAUUCCAACAUGGCCCUGUUUGGCACGGACACUGACAGAAAAGUCAAAAAGGAGUCAGCCGAGACAGAGCCUGCCUGGACAGGUGCUGGACAGGAGCCAGGGAUCAAGAUCUGGCGUAUUGUGAAAUUCAAGGUGACAGAGUGGUCCAAGGAGGAUUAUGGCCAGUUCUACAAUGGAGAUUCCUACAUCAUCCUCAAUACCUACAAAGAGGACGGCAGUGAUGAAUUGUUGUAUGAUGUCCACUUCUGGAUUGGUCGACAAAGCACACAGGAUGAGUAUGGAACAGCUGCGUAUAAAACUGUGGAGUUGGAUACCUUUCUAGAUGACAAACCAGUUCAGCAUCGGGAGACCGAGGGACAUGAAAGUGAUUUGUUCAAGAGUUACUUUGAUUCCAUUACUAUCCUGAAAGGAGGUGCAGACACUGGAUUCCGUCGUGUUCAAGUUGAGGAGUUCAAAACCCGUCUUUUUAAAUUCUGUGGUACCAGGAAGAACAUAGAAGUCAAGGAGGUACCCGCUGCAAAAUCCAGCUUGAAUUCAGACGACGUGUUUAUCAUUGAUUUAGGUCUUGAAUUGUACCAAUUCAAUGGCAAAGGUGCCACUAAAGAUGAACGGUUCAAGGCCACACAGUACCUGCAGAAACUGAAAAGUGAGCGUGGAGGCAAGGCCAAGGUUGAGGUGUUGGAUGAGACGGAUACUUCUGAUAAUCAUAGUGUCAUCAGUGCCCUGAAAGCAGACCGUGAUGAAGAUGAUGAUGAUGAUGAUGAUGAUGAUGAUGAAAAAGAUGGUAGUGGAUAUCCAAAACUCUUCAGAAUUUGUGAUGAAUCUGGCAACUUAGAGAUGACUGAGCUCCCUUCUGAACAGAUAACCGAAGAAACGCUUGAUCGGAAGGAUGUUUAUAUUUUGGAUACUGUGAAACAUCUGUUUGUCUGGACUGGAAGAGAUGCUUCCAUUGAUGAGAGAAUGAAUGCCAUGCCGUAUGCUCAUAGAUACCUGAUGAAGUCUACACACCCUGUUAUCCCAAUCACAUGUGUGAAGGACGGGUUAAGACCGAACAAGGAAUUUGAGGCUUUCUUAAAAUAAAUCCAGUUACCUUGGAGAAUCCUCGGAGGAGAGGCCACUCCACAGGAAGUUACCGUAGAGAAUCCUCGGAGGAGAGGCCACUCCACAGGAAGUUAUCGUGGAGAAUCCUGGCAGGAGUGGCCACUCCACAGGAAGUUAUCGUGGAGAAUCCUUGGAGGAGAGGCCACAUGCUGCAUUUAAAUACUUUGCAAUAGAGUAACUUAACACUACCCAUAAUCUAAUAACAUGUUCCGUGAGAAGUUCACAUGUGUCCAGAUUUUGGACAACUAUGCUGUUUACUGAAGAGCUGAAUAAAAUUAGAAUUUAAAAAAAUUGAAGUUUAAUUAGGCGCAUAUUGAAUGAAGAAUGAACAUUGCUAGUGCUGGUCAUUUAGAGAGCUGUAUAAUUACCUAUUGUUUAGUGUCCGACAACAAUGAUGGUUUUGGUAUACAGAGAAACAUUAGAGGGAUUGUCGUAGUUAUUUCUAUCUUUGUUUACCAAACACCUUUUUUAUACACACACUUUAUUAACAUUAUAUUAUAUAAUUGUAUUGAAAUUUACACAUAACUUGUCUCUUGUUUCCUAAAUUAUUCCAAUAUCACUCAUUGGAUAUAACAUUUAUUACCUUUUUAUGUUGUUACAUUUGUGGACCAAGUUUAGUUAUUUCUUAUGUAGACAUAAAUUAUAUGUACAUGUAGUGGCAAACUACUAAUCAACCCUGGUUUAAGUUCUAUUUAACAACACAAAGACUUUGUUGGCUAAUUUAUUACUUUCUUACAUACAGGUACUUUGGUUUGAAAUUGUUUUGAAUUGAUUGACAGUUGAGUGUUUAAAUUGAUUUGAAGUCUUCUUCAUGGUCCAGAGUUCAAUAAAACAACAAUAUUACUACAUGUUUGUACUAAUUAUUAAUUUACCUUAAUGUCAAAUAUGUUUUGGAAACCCACUGCUGUUAAAUUGGACACUGAAAUUAGUGAUCAUCAGACAUUAUGAUCGUAUGUAAAUAUUCUGAACAUUUCUGUAGACCAAACCACUAGAGAAUGCCAGUGUUAUCUACACAUGCUGCUUAAUGUACCUACGCAUUUGUUUUUGCCACAUGCCAACCAUUUUGAAGAUAUCAAACAAUUCAUUUGAAUCUGAAAUCAUUUUCAGCAUUAUCAAAAUGAGAUUGACCAGUGAGUCAUUUUUCUGGUUUUUGCUAAUUUGUUAUUUUGUUUUGGCAUUUGGUGCAAUCCUGUUGAAGCUGCGGUGUAUUUGAGUCUCAUUUCGCCAGUCCUGUAUUUUGGUUUUUACCUGCUCUAUAGUCUUCCUAGUUUUGUAUUUCUGUUGUAGCCACCUACAAAUAAAUAGUGCCUUGUACACCAAG